GCGAGACUUUUAGCUAAUCUGUGAGUUAGAUUGAUUCCUAGUAUUUCUGUGUAUGUACAUUUCGCAUUUCUUUAUUGCCCCUAUAGAGGCAUUCGUCACUAGCUGAAAAGCGGAUGUGACAACACAGAUCGGCUUUCAACCCGUUUUGAAUGCUUGUUUGGGCUUUUUGCUUGCCGCCUAUCAAAAGUGAUGCAAAAAAAAAGAACCGAACAAAGCAGGCGGAGAUCAACGGAUCGGAAGAUCUGGAGAUGGCUAAUGGCUGGGAGUCCCCCCUGUGGCUGUAGAGGAUCGUAAGCUCCAGAAGCUCGUAAGCUCAGAUCGUCGGCCCUGAUAAGUCCGGCUGAUAGGCCACCGAGAGCAGUUCUCAUCCAGCCGCAGAUCUUCGCACAGCACCAUCAUGCUUCCCGUUCGAUUUGGAUCGCCUUGGCUUGUGGCUGUCGUGGUGGUGCUUCUGUUGGCACUCGCCUCCGCCGGAAAGUCGCGUCAUCGGUCGCCUGUCAAUUGCCCCACCAUCAAGCUGAAGCGGCAGUGGGGCGGCAAGCCAUCGUUGGGACUCCACUACCAGGUGCGACCCAUCCGCUAUGUGGUCAUCCAUCACACGGUCACCGGCGAGUGCAGCGGACUGGUCAAGUGCGCCGAGAUUCUCCAGAACAUGCAGGCCUAUCAUCAGAACGACCUGGAUUACAACGAUAUUAGUUACAACUUUCUGAUCGGCAGCGACGGAAUUGUAUACGAGGGCACUGGCUGGGGAUUGCGCGGAGCCCACACCUAUGGCUACAAUGCCAAUGGCACCGGCAUAGCCUUUAUCGGCAACUUUGUGGACAAGCUUCCAACGGAUGCGGCUCUCCAGGCGGCCAAGGAUCUGCUGGCCUGCGGAGUGCAACAGGGGGAGUUGAGCGAGGAUUACGCCCUGAUUGCCGGCUCCCAGGUGAUCAGCACCCAGAGUCCCGGACUGACGCUAUACAACGAGAUCCAGGAGUGGCCGCACUGGCUGUCAAAUCCGUAAAUCGAUUACGAUGAAUUGCAGUGAACCGCCAGCAUGAACAACACAUCAGUUUAGUUGUGAAAAUAAGCCAUAUAAAUAAUCCUAUGUUGUUGAGUA